AGCACACAUCAAAUUGAAGAAGAAGAAGAAAGUGUGUGAAGAAAAAAAUUUCUGCAGUCUUUCGGAAGUGUUUGUCCGUGAAUAUCUGCCACAAAGUAACUUCCUCCCACCUGAAAAAGCCGCCCAUCUGUCGUGCUAGAGGUGCCCAUUAAUUGAAUUAGUGAAUUUAUGUGUGCUUAAGAAGUUGUGCCCCCCAAUUGGUGGACAAAGACCAAGGAGUAUGAGUGGAACAGGAGAGAUGUGAAUGGGUGGUGUUUAUCUUGUUUUUAUCUGCGAAAAAAAACCAAAGAGAAGGCAUCUUGCGGAAGGCAAGUUCUAGCCAGAUUGUUCUGAAGAGGGGCAUAAUUGUUUGUGAUUUGAGAGAUCGGGGACAAAGGAAUCACGAGAUAUGGGGAAGCUAUUGAGCCUCCUGGCGCGCGACGACUCAACGUGCUGCACCACCAAAUCCUACGAUGUCUUCCUGGACUUUGAGAAUGCUGCACCCACGGAAACUGAGCGGGAGGUCUACGAUGAGGUGGAACGUGUACUGAAGGAAUCAGAAGCUGUUCUGGAUGAGAUUCAAGUCUACAAGGGAGCUGGUAAGGAGAUUCGGGAAGCAAUUGCAGAUCCUUCACCACAAGUGCAAGAGAAGGCGUGGAAUGCUGUGCUGCCGUUGGUGAUAAAGCUCAAGAGGUGCUAUGAACACUCAUUGGAGCUCGAGAGGAUUGUUCCGAAGCUGCUGGGACAGCUUGUGGGUGGACGCCUAAACCCGACGCAGCACCUUGAGACACAACAAGCGCUCGUAAAGCAGCUGGCGGAGAUCCUGGAGUUUGUCUUGAAGUUUGAUGAAUACAAGAUGAAAACGCCCGCCAUUCAGAAUGAUUUCAGCUACUACAGACGCACAGUGAGUCGGCAGAGGAUUGAUAACACUAGUCAGAUGCUCGUGAGCACAGAACUGGCCAACCGAAUGUCCCUCUUCUAUGCGCACGCGACGCCAAUGCUCAAAGUUCUGAGUGAGGCAACAUCCAAAUUCGUUCGGGAUAAUGCCGACGAUGUGGACAAUACCACAGAGACACUUGGUACGAUGGCCAAGGUCUGCCUGCGAAUGCUGGAGAAUCCAAAACUCCUGUCCCAGAUUGAGCGCGAAGAGACGCAUUUGCUGGUACUACGGGUGAUGGUGGGCCUCGUGAUUCUCUACGAUCACGUGCAUCCUGUCGGUGCAUUCGCCAGGGGUGCUCAUGUGGACGUGAAGGGGUGCGUACGACUGCUGCAGGCACAGCCGGCCAUUAAGGCGGAACCUCUCCUCAAUGCACUUCGCUACACCACGAAGCACCUCAAUGAGGAUAACACGCCCAAGAACAUACGGAACCUCCUGGCCGCCUAAAUCUGUCUAAUUUCUUCCUUUUAGUCAAUCGUUUUCCCCCCUCCUCUCCCAAACAAUCUCCUUUUGUCUUCUUCCUGAAACUAUAUUUCUCCUAUGCCGGGAUGUGAGCGUGUUUGCGUGAAGUUUUUAUGGUGAAAUGAAAUUAAAAGAAAGAAAAAAAAAAACAUUUAAAUUAAAUUUGCAACCUCUUUAGGAACAUUUUAGUAGAAUAAAUUUUGUGCAUUUUGCGAGAUGAACGUUUUCGAGAGCGAGCGAAAGAGAGGAAGAUUUAAAAGAAGAUUAAAUUGCGAUUUUGAUGAAAAAAAAAAUUGUUAAUAAUCUAUUGAAUAUUGUAAGUUUCUUUCUGUCUAUAUAAAAUUACAACAACAACAAAAACUCGUAGGUUAAAUUUAAAAAAAAUUGCCAGGAGGAUGUUUAUUGAAAGAAAAAAAAUAUCUUCCUGCUACGAAUCCUCCGAAAGAAAUUAAUCGAAAGUAUUUUUGUGGAGAACAAAUUUAAAUUUAAAUAAAUUAAUUUAAAAAAAAAACAUUGCUAAAGUCACGAAAAUCGUGAGAAAUAAAGCUUUUCGUCACAAUUUUUGCAAAGAAAAAAAUCACAGAUUUUAAAGAAUUUCUUCGAGCUCAAAUUCACUCUGCCGGAUUUUUUUUUGUAUAAGUAAAUUUAAUUUUUAGGCUUUUAGAAAAAAAAAACGAAGUUUUAUCACUUUAACGAGUAUUUCUGAUAUUUUAUUAUUUUUUUUUCGUGUGAACAACAGACCAUCUUUAUAUACUAAAGAGAACCACUAAUGCAAAUAAAUUAAGUCAAUCUUUAA